GGCGGGCGUCGACGGACAGGAGGGUCAUGGGUGAAGACUCCCGGGGUGCGGCGGCCGCAGGUGGCAGCGGUGACGCUCCAGGGUUGGCUCUACAAGCAGGGCGCCGACGGCCUCCACCUCUGGAAGAAGCGCUGGUUCGUCCUAUCAGAGUACUGCCUCUACUACUACAAGGGUCCGGAUGAGGAGAAGGUGCUGGGGUCCCUUCCGCUGCCGUCGUUCAAGAUCAGCCCGGUGGACUCUGAAGACCGGGUGUACCGCAAGCAUGCCUUCAAGGCCGAGCACCAGAACAUGCGCACCUACUACUUCGCCGCCGAGACCAAGGACCAGAUGGCCCAGUGGAUGAACGCCCUCUCCCUCGCCACCAUCCUUCAGAAGGACACCAGCCUGGAGGAGAAGUGGGGUAGUGGAAGCAGUGCUCGACGCAGUGAGAGGCCCUCAGUUUCAUCCCUUGCAUCUACAGCGUCACCCUCGGCAGAUGAGAGUGACUCUGGCUUCCAUGGGUACCGUUCUCGAAGGUACCGGUCUCCGGAGGGAAGGUCCCUCGAUGAGGCAAGUGAAUCAUCGCGCGUGCAGGGUGACCGGCUCAAUACAUCAUGUGAUUCAUCAGUAAUCUUACGGCCUGGAGAUCGCCAACCUCUUUAUGCAAAUGCUCCGCCAAAACCUAAGCGCUUAAAUUCUUCUCGGGAUUAUAGCACUUCUCCAGAGCGAUCCCCUGAAAGAGACGAAAGAGAUCCACGCACAUAUACUGAUCAUGGUGGUGGUGGAAAUGGCACAAUUGAGACACAUAACCCAGAUGGUCGAGGCCUCCACUAUCACCCUCCUGCAGCUGAGAGAAGGACACCUGAUGCAUAUGGGGUGACAGCCGGUGGAGGCCGUGGAGACUAUGAAGAUGUUUAUGGGGACAGUAAUGGGUCAAACUCCAUUCCUCAAAGCCCUGUACGAAGGCCUGAUCAGCGAGACUCUUUUGCUUCUUCAAGAAGUGGUGGGACAAGACUGUCUGAAGAACUACAACUUUCAGAACCUUUAAGGUCAAACUUUUGUCGGCAAGACGAUACACUUCCCCGUGUCUCCCAUACAGAUCCUCAUAAAAAUCAUCGUCCAACAGGGCCUCCUCGCCCACAUAGUGCAGAUUUUCUCGACUAUAAUCGUAAGCACAAUAGCAGCAACAUGUGGUCUUAUCGACGUGGAAGUGGUGGAGAUCUAGCAAGACAUGAAGAAACAAGACCAAAAUCUUCGGUUGGUCAGAAUGAAUCAGAUCAUUGGUCUGAGGAGAACUAUGCUCAGAAGAUGCGCCAAUCAUCGCUGUAUCAUUCACACAUGCAUAGCAGAUCAUCAUCUCGUUAUUCACCUGCUGGACGUGGAGAAAGUCCAGGAAGUGAUCACCACCACAUGAACAGUGUUCAUGGGGGGGUGUCACAGCGUGUACCACCUGCUGGAGCUGCUACACCUGACUUGUAUAUAUCUCAUAAACCAGCUACCACACCAACACCCCCCAGUGCUACUAACAGCUUACGGCGGGGUGCUGGUCAAGAUUUAAAAGAAGUUCCAAGGCAAGAUGCUGGUCAGGAGUCUUGGGAAGAUCACAGACAAUAUCCACGCCAUGUGCUCCGGCAAGACGGUCGACAGGAGCGAAGAUCAGACACAAGACAGAAUCAUCGGCAAGACCCCUGUCAGGAUCAUCGUCGGGCAUACAACCACGAGGAACCUGUUUAUAAACAUGAGACAUCACCAAAUACUACUCUCAACAGUGUCCCUACUCCACCAGGCAGUUAUCCUAACAGUGCUUCUCCAAACGAUAGUGUCAACAACAGUUUCAUGAGAUCAGCGUCAGCAAGGUUACCUCGCCAUUGUUUGCAAGAUGAUAUGAUGAAUACUUCUUUGCAAGAUGAUGGUUCUGAUGGAGACAGUAAAAAGAUGCAGCAGCGUGAAGAAUCUAUGAAAAGGUUGCUUGAAUGGAAACAACGUAUGUUGCAGUCUCCUUUGACACGUAAAACCAAUUCUCGUCCUGAUGCCACUGCUACACCACAGCCCAGAACAAAUAAUGAGGCUUAUAGACAACAGGUGUUGAAUGAGCUUGUGACUCAAGAAGCCAGAACAAAAAUAAUCCAGAGCCAUGCUCAUACUCAAAGUCUUUUACCUGGAAAGGAGUCUGGUUUAAAAUCUCCAGGAACUACAAUAGGAAUGCCCCAGGGUUACACAGGUAACACAGUACUUGGUCAACCCCAUGGGUCAGCACAUUCUAUAGAAUGGGUUCCUGGUAACCUUCCUAAAAAUCAAGGACCCAUGAAUUAUGGUUCUAUGAACCUGGGUGGCUUAAGUUCACCCUGUGGGAUGCUUAAUGAAAGGCCAGCCCCUCAAGGUGGUGCAUCACACCAGGGGUCAGACAGCAGUAGUACCAAGAGGAGAGAAGGACGAAGAGAAAGUUCUAGAACUAGGCAUAUCAGCGGAGGGGAUUCUCGAAGAUCCACUUCAGCAUCACGAUACAACAGCUAUUCAUCCGAUGAAGAUGAUUUGUUGGAGGAGAGGGAAACCCGUAAAAGGACCCGACGUAACUCUAGAAGGAGCAGUGCUGAUCUGAGUCGUGAUAGCAGGCGCAUUGGAUCUGCCCCAGAGGGUUGGGGACGUGACAAUGAAGAAAGACCUGAAGAUUCUAGCGAUUUUCCUAGGGAUGACAUGACUGAGAAUCCUGCUGACCACUAUGGAUCACAACAAAUACCUCUUCCAGAUAUAACCACAUCAUCUCCAGAUUAUGUAAACAUAAAUAUUGUAAAUGAAGCACGUGAGGGUAAACAUUUUAGCACUCCCAGGGGUACCACAAAUAUUGUUGAUGUAGAAAAUAUGUACAAUGAGCGGACAGUGAGCCAGAGAGCUGUACCAGUUUUUAUUGAAAAACAUGAAGGAUUUGACGAAGUGCGAAAGUAUGAACCUCGGCAACAGGAAGCAGAAAAACAGUUGGGUGUGUCUAGAAAGUAUGAACAAAGUUAUGUGUAUAGUGAUCAGUUUUAUGCAACAAGAGACCCAUAUUAUGUAUCUGAUGUUCAAAUGCCUGCCGUGAAUGAUAAUAAAUUUGAAGAAGAAAAAAGUAAUAAUAAUCCUGUAAACACUGGAUUACACAAGGAGUUAAAUUCCUCAUAUGAUGCACAAAAUUCUUCACAAAGUAAGUUCCAGUCAAACAGCAGUUUCUUUGAACAAAGAGAUAAUAGCAAAGAAAGUGGCCUUUCGGCGGAGAAGAAUAAAAGUUUUCUUCAUAAUAUAUCAGGAAGAGAAGAAAGCCAUGAAAGUUCUGUUGGGUAUUCAUCAUAUGAAUCUCAUGCUGCCCAUAAAGCAGAGAUAGUUAACUUACAUGUGUCUCAGAGAGGUGUCAUACCGGAUGACACUACAUCUACUGGUAAAUAUUCAGACAGUGGCUAUGAUACCCUACGAGCUGAAAUGUCUCUUCACCGAGAUGAAAAGAGGAAUAUCAGAGGAGGUUCUCUAUGGAAUCCAGAUAGUUUAGAGAGCAGCCCAGAGUGUUCUAGUGUGGUUCGCAGACAAGGUUUUGAUCGCACUGCAAGACGACCAGAAACUUGGAGCCCAGAAAAGUUUGAUAGAUCAUGGGGAACAAUGGGUUCAGAUUUAAAAUCAAAAGUAGAUGAAUCAAAGGUAGUAAAGGAAUAUAGCUAUGAAUAUAUCACCCCAGAGAAGAAUUGUGAAUCAUCAUCAUCACAGGAAAAUUUCAAAUCCAAUUCUUUGAAAAAAUCCACUCCAAUCUUGCCAUGUUUAGAAAGUCCAAAGAUGGUGCAGGAAACUCACCAUCAAACACAAAGUCAAAUGAACUUAGUCCAAGACCGGAUUAGGAAAUUUACAAACAAAGUCUUAGAUACCAAAGAAAAUAAUGUGAAAAAUUCUGGGGAAUUACAUAUAACACAAGUAAGACAUUGUGAACCAAAGUCUAGAGUACAUAAUCAAACUGUUAAUAUUGAUUCUAUUGAGCAUCUAGUUGGCAAUAUGAGGGAACCCCUCAAAGAACCAUUGAAACCUAUUUCACCACAAGUUCGAAGUUCAGAAGCACUUGUUUCCCCACUAAAGGCAGAAUUUACAACAUCAGAAUCUACUAUGGUUACUGCCCAAGAAGCACAGGUUAAGAGUGUGUGUGAUUACAAAAAGAAAGAUGAAGUAAUUGGGGCUUCAAUUUCAGAGGAAAAUCCUUCAACAAGUCCUCCAUAUAAUUCAAGCUCAGAGCCUUUAAGUACUGAGUAUAGGGAACUUAGAAGUCCUCAGGAUAUUAUGGAUUCAAGACUGAGUCGAACCAACAUAAGAAAGUUUUUAUUUGAUGAUGAUAAUAAGCCUGAAGAAAUAAAGCAAAAUGAGCAGAUAGUUAAUCCUGUCAAGCCUCCUAUUAUGAAGAAACCACUUCAGCCUCGUUCAGUUAAGGCCCUUCUUAAGAAUUUUGAAGAUAAAUCAAUAGAGCACAUGGAGAGAGUUAACAUGAACCAAGAUUUAUCCAGAAAAAAGUUUCAUAGCGAUUCUGAAAUGUUAUCAAAUGAAAGUUCAAGUGAUGAAGGACAGAGUGAAGAUCUUUACACUACUGGCUCUGAGAAAAUAACAAAAGUGUUUGCCACGUCAUCUGUUUUAGCUGAAUUACGAAAGUCUGCAGAUGAUAAAAAAGAUGAUAUGGUCUCUCUUGUUCCCCCACCUAGACCACCAAAGAAGCCAACAUUGGGAGGAGAUAUGGAUGCAGUUGUUACUCCUGGAUAUCUAAGACUCAGUUUGGCAGAAUCCAUACAAGAGUCUCUUAAAGGUCUGGAUGAUAGUGAUAGUGGCGGUGAGGAACCUAGGUGGAUGGACAGUAUUCCUAAUAGUGAGCUUGUAAAAAACAACUUCCAGUUUCCAGAUAAUGAUAAUUCUAUCAUUGUUGACCUUGAUAAGCCUCCUGAAGAGGAAGCCCCUCCACCGCCAAUAUAUCUUCCUUCAAAUGACCUUCAGAGUCCCUUAAUACGUCCUAAUCCCUAUACCGAAGAAAACUAUUUGCCCAUGAGUCCACCUAAGAAACUUAGUCAGGGAUCAAGUAUUCUUGCCCCAGCUAGCUCAUGUAGUAGUCUAAGCAGUAAACACCUCCCCACACCAGAACCAGUAUAUCCAGAUACCUUUGCAAAAACUGAAUAUGAAGAACACACUUACAUUGAGAUGAGUGGAGACACAUCUUCUAACAGUGCUUCAAUCUACCCCUUAGGCGCUCCUCGACUUGAUUUCAGCAAAGUUGCUAGUGAGAUGUUUACUCCAGAAAGCCCAAGAUAUUAUGAAAUUGGUGAUAAAGAUGAGCCUCAGCAUUAUGAAUACAUUUACAGAGGACAGUCUCAUUAUGAAGCUAUAUACAUGGAAGUUCCAAAUUCAGAAAAUGAUGGCCCCAUGGAAGAUGAAAAACCUCAGAUUCCAGAUAAACCUGAUGAUCUCAAAGCACAAUCGAAUGCUGACAGGCCCUAUACAUCAGAUACUGCUCUAAAUUCUUCCCUCAACAAAUUAGAUUUGAAAUCUCAGUCCAAUGCUUCUUCUGAUGCAGAUGAUGAGGCAUCCAAAGACCUAGACAGUCUGGAUCCACCCCGCAACCCACGCUUUAGCUUAUCAGAUACCUUCAGACCAGCAUCCUAUUAUCUGAGUGGUGCAGAACCAUCCAGUGAUCCAGAUGCCCAGGAUUCCUCCGAUUCUGAUCUAGUCCCACCUCCUCCAAUACCAAUGAGCCCACCCCCGAUGGAUGAGCUAGAUAGUGGAGCCCCUAAAGCUAAAAACUUUGACUUUGAAAAUUUGGAAACCCCAGAUCCACCACCACAUUUACGAAAUGCUCUGAGCUCCUCAAGAUCAUUGAGGGUUAGCCAGAGCAGUCUUCGAGAAGACCUGAACUCCUCCAGGUCUUCAGUUGGAAAAGAUAGACGAACCUUCGAAAAAUCCGACUCUUCAGCUAGUCUUCAUUCAGAUAAGCUGAAGAGAAGACCUGUUUUUGAGGACACCCUUGAGUGCCUUCAUGAUGAUGAUAGCUUUAUCUUAAGGUCUGAGGAUAGAUACCCAGCAUCAGCAGCCUAUCCUGGGGACUAUACCAUGCCUGGAGCAGAGAAAAAAUUCCAGAGGGACAGGCGGAAACCCUUCCCUCAGUGUGCUGAAGAUGUUCUUCUUCCAGGGGACAAACAUGAAUCUUCUGCCAGGCCAAAAUCUGCUCUAGAUCACAAUUCUUCCUAUCAAAGCAAUUUAGAUAAUUCAUAUUCUUCCAACAAAAUUGAAAAUCCUUAUGUUAAUGAAGGUUUUCAGCAUAAUGCUCGACCAUCUAUCAACACAAAUCAGAUUCCACCGACUGGCAGAGAGUAUUGUAAUGUUCCUUCAAAUGCAAAAAUGUUUUCACAACCGGAGAGAGAAAGAUCAAAUUCCACUGGAUCACGACCAAAAUCUCCUGAUCCUUAUGCAGAGCGUAAUGAGUUGUGCACUUAUCAGAACGUACCUACACCAAGAACAUCCUUGUUGAGAAAGAGCUCUUCCCAGAUGCUCUCAGGCAAUUCUGAACCAACAGGAUCUCCCAUGAUUGAUGCACUUCGUGGAGUGCAAAGCCCAGUAGCCCACCUGACUGUAAGUCAUCAACGUACUUCAUCAGAAGCAUCAUCUCGGAGUGUGGUUAGUCCGACAGCAAGUGUUGUGUCAGGUGGGAGCAACUUGGCCCCAGUUCACUUAAGAGCAACUUCAAAUGCCUCUGUAGGCAGUGAGACUAGCCCUCGUUCUGCACCUUACUACUACUCAGAUGUAAUUCGUGAUGAUGGGGCAACAACAUUAGCUGAAGGGAUAGUAGGUACUCCUCGCUCUCGAUCUUAUCAACUGAAUAAUCAGCGUGAUCUUGAAGCAAAUAAGAGGCAAGACAUUGGAAGAAAAGUAAAUCAGAUCACUAGUGCUUCAGACUUUGAACAAAGACGUGAAAGGUUGGCUCAUGAGUUAAGAACUUCAGUGGAGUUUCUGGAGGGAAAGACAGUCACUUCCCCAGAUGAACGCAAUGUAUAUGACUCUGAUACCCUUAGAAAAAUGAAACGACGUGCAUAUACUCCAGAUCCAGAAGUAGAUGCUAAAAAUGUUUUUCCUCAUGGGCUGUCAAUCAAAACAGAUAGUCCUACUUCAGGACCUCCAGUAGGCCAUCGUAGAACCCGGUCUUUAGAGGGUCUUCUUGAUGAUCCACCUCGGACAUUUGUGGGAGGGGCUAGUAAUGGGCCAACUCCCUUGGAGAUGAAGCAGGUAUAUACUAGUGGUCCACCUCAUGUAUCAAACUGGACAACAUCUACAGUUCCACAAAUUGCUUCUGCUGCAUCACAUGGUGUGAGGGCAAGUCUAAAUAGUUCUAUUAAUUCUAAUCCUUCCUCACCACCAUCUACACUUACCUCUCAUCGUGGGGCAUUCUCUCAGUUGACUAGUCAACGAGCUUCUGUUAGUAGUCUCCAUAGCAGUGGAAGUGUACCUCAAAGAGCCACCUCACCUUAUGCAACCUCACCUUUGCCAAUACCUCUUAUGCUACCAUACCAGGUGUGCAAACGUGACAGUCUAGUUAGUAAAGACAGUUCUGUCAGUCGUGUUUCCUAUCAUGAGUCACUAAGUCCCCAUGAGCUACAGAGUCCCACAAAUCAUGAUAUUUUACCAGAGGAACAGGAUUGGGAAGAUGACAGUCAGUGGCGUGAACAACUUCGGCGUGCCUCCCUUAGACACACUCGAUCUCUUGAAACCUUAGAUGAAGGCCGGCCGAGACGGCCAGGUGAUGGCAGUAACAAUGAGUACCACCCACCUACCAGAUUGAGUGUGCCAAACAACCCAUCUCAAGCUGUAGAAGAUACAAAUCACCAAAGAUUACUACAACUACACUUAGACGAAUACACAGUGGAUUAUCGAGAGGGCCGCAUUCAUUCCAACCAGUACAGAAACACUGGUGGUUUGCACUCUGAAACUCUUGAGAGAACACGAAGAGGACUUACAUGUUUAGAAGGUUAUGAAUGGGAUGAAGCUGAAGAAAAGUUCAAGAAGCCAAGUCCAUCAGGACGUCUUCAGCAGCAACUUCCCCAACAGCCACUCAGCAGUGUACAACACCAGCCUUUUUUAGCCGACGGCCUCCCGCCUUCACCCGAGAUGGAAUGCGAGGACCAGCGUCAGUGCCGACAGAGCCCGGCGUUGCCCUCCGCCCCCGCCCCACCCUCUCCACGUCCGCAUCUGCAGCAACCUUUUUUAGCGGGCGGCGGUGAGAGCUUGGAGGCAUCCUCGGGGAUAGGAGGGAGGCCCCCUGGUGAAGGUGAGGGGCAACAGGAGAAGUUGGUUGCCUCACCCACAGCAACUCCACCUCCAGAAUGCACAUCAUCCACCACCAUCACCACACAUCCUGUUCCUGACGUCAUCCCGCCACAAGAUGCUAAAGUGGGUGAAAGUCUUCCUCGCCGACCGGAUCCCAACGCCCCUACCUCCUCUGGCCCUCAGGGAUCAGCACACGCCCACCCACACGCCCAUCCCAAGUUCCAGCAUCACCCACACGCCCAUCACCAGAAUCAUCAGCACCACCCUCAUCCCCAUUCACAAAAUCAAUACCACCAUUACAAGAGCGACGACUUGCACAACAAAUAUCAAAUAUAUCCUGGUCAAAAUUACCAAAGCAAUGGGCCUUAUGCUAACUACCACGGGAGCCAAAAUUAUCCUCAUGGCUACCCGGAGGAUAACAUUAACUACCCUAAUAAUUACAAGCCAGCUCACAGUCGACCACCAAAUUACCAGGAGAGCCAACAGACUCAACAGGUUAAUCCAAACAGUGAAUACAAUACCCUUAACAGCCAGCGCGGCGGGAUGAACGGCACGUAUAGACCCAGUCACUACGAUUUCCAGGACUAUCACAACUUCAAGAACCACCAGCAGGAUUACCAGAUCAACAAGCAGGAAUUCCAGAACGGCCACCAGGAUUACAAGAACCCUCAACUUGAACCUGACUACAAGAACGCUGAAUACGGUACAUACGGGCGACAUCGCGACCCGGCGCUCAAUGGCCGCGUACCUAACGCCACCCACCAGCAGCAGUUUUCCGACUCUGAGCUUACGGUAUCUAAACAGCAGCCACCAGCAGCACCGCCAGUGGGGGCGCAAGAGAGCGUGGAGGUGCGGGGGCUGCAGGGGGUGAGCGCGGGAGAGCUGUUGGGCAAGACUCACGAGGAAUUGGUAUUACUGCUAAUCCAGCUUCGCAGACAUCACUCGGCGCUCCAGGCCGCCAGACACCACGCGCGCCUUGAGAGAGACUCCCAGGCUCGUCUGGCACAACUGGAUGGGGAGCAUCGCGAGGAACAUCUUCGGCGUCUCGCGACCCUCAACCACCACCUCCACGACCUAGACAAGCAGCAGUAUGAAAUGGGUAAACCACUCAUCAACCUUGUGGACAACAUGGUCAAACUUGGAUCCCUGUAUCGAGGAGGAGACUCCAGACUUAUUGCUCAACAGGACCCAAGGAGAUCUCGCUCAUACUAUCCGGCAAAUGGCUAUGAUUCACUUCAAUUCUCUAGGAGAAUACAGGAGAGGAGAAUAGUAGCAGAAGAUUUACAGCUACAAGAGUAUGAAUUAGCAGCAGCAGAUCAAGCUGACCUGGAGGGAAAAGUGAUGCAAUUGUAUAAGUUGGACAAGAACCUACAUCAAGAAUCACUGACCAUUCAGAGCUUGCAGAGAGAGAAGGAGAUGCUGGAGCGCACCCUUGUUAAUCUUCACUCCAAGUCUCAUGGAGCAAAUGAAGGACCAGUAGAGCUUGAGCGCAGAAAGAAACAGAGAAGACAUUUGGAACACGAGCUUUCCAAACUUCGUGCUCACCUUGCUGUAUCUGCAAGGAAACUAGAAGAGACUGCAGCUGAGAAUAGUCGUCUAGAGCAUGAAAUGAUGAUGUUACGGCAAAAGAUUCAGAUGACAAUGGCCCGUAAUUCUCAAAGGGAAUCUGGCGGCACAGCUGAAACACGCCAUAUUGAAGCAGAAAUGGUUCGUGUCCAAACACUAUUAGAAGAUCUUCAGAGGCGAAGAAUUGAGCUUAGUCAUCAGAUUCAAAAAUUAACAUCAGCAAAUCCUGGCAUAGAAAUUCGACCUUCACCAACAGGUGUGGUAGGAGCAGCUCCGGUGCCUGCAAGACGGAGAACUCAUAGCACCUGGCUAGAAACAGACUUGGAUGCAAUGAUUACCCGAGAUAGAGGGAUGGAUCCUCCAGAAAAUGACAGAAGAGGCAAUCCUCCAGUCUAUGUUAAUGCUGCUGGAUAUGUAGAAGAGCUGAGCCCCAAUGACUACCCAGAGAGUCCUGACUAUAUUGACUCUGACUAUCCUCCACCUCCACCGCCACCUGAACACAUGCGCUCUUAUAAUCAACUUCUUGAUGGUCAGACAUCAUUGGCAGAUCCAUAUCAGACAGAUGUUAGAUAUCUUCACUCACAGUCAACUUUAGGAGAGUCAAAACGAAGACAGCCUUUAAUGAAUGGAGAUAUAAUUCUGGAUGCCAUGACUGGUUUGGAUCGCGAUGCUGACGACAACAAACCUGAUGGUGAAGAACAGCAGCAGUCUGCAGGUCAUUUGGAUAUUAAUGAUGCUGACGAUAGAAUGAAGAGAUAUUAUGGUAUUCUUCCAAAAGAGAAGCCUUUAGAGAUCAAGACUGUACGAAUAGUCAAGAGAGAAUCAACUGAACGAAAAAAAGAUCGUGGUACAGGGGGGAAGCGUGUUACAAUUGGAGAUUCCACCUUGACCCAUUUAUUGGAGGAUGAUGUUGAAAGUGAUGCCAUGUCAGAUGUUGAAAAUGGUCCUUCAAUUCCUUCAUUUGCAUCAAGGUCUGCUUCAUUACCUCGCAACUAUGGCCGUAAUGGUCCAGGAGAAAGAGUCAGCAUGAUGGCAGCUAUGAUGCGAACUAGCAUUGGAAAUGCUGGGACGAUGUCUCGUCCUAGCAAUUUAGCUCUCAAAAAGUCAGCAGGUUGGAAAUCUAAGACUGAGAACCCCAAAGACCGGCCUUUGAGUGCACAUGAACAGCUUUUUGGUUUUGCUCGGGAAUUUGACCAAACCCCCCCAGCAUCCCCAGCCAAAUCGGACCCUCCCUCCCCAGUGUUCAAAAGUGCAGCAGCUCAGGAAAUUAUUAAGGAAAUGGCCUCUGAGGCAGAAAAGCAUCGCCGUGCAGUACCUAAAGAGAAGAGACGGCAUUUUACAAUCUCCAGCAGCCGGCCAAUAACAGAAGCGAGAGAUGCUGGCGCAGAGGAGGGUGCAAGAUCGAGGGAUGACUGCGACAUGGUCCGUGCAUUACGACCACGUAAUCACCCAGAUGUUGUCAAAUCAACUCUAAGUACUCGAGAUCUCCGGUUUAAUGAAACAACAAUUGACUCAGUUCUUGGUGCCCCAAGUAAAAUCUACAUUCCAGAAAGAUAUAUGCCAGAUGAGGAUGAUGAAAAAGAAAUAACUGAAGAAGAGCGUGCACUUAGAGAACAGAAAGCAGAAUCCAUCCGCAAGAUGCUGUCCGAGACACAGACCACAGCCACAAAGGGGGAGACAGGAGAGGACCAGUCAUCGGAAAGUGAAAUCACAUCCAGUUCCUCCUCAGCAUUCAAAGCCAAGGUAGCAGCCGAGAAGAAGGAGCGUGAACACCUUCUGGCCUUGAACCAGAUUCUUGCUCGUCAGGUCAUGGAAAAGAGUCGUGUAGUAGCAGCUCACACCACAGUGGAGCCUGAGCUGUAGCUGGCCAUGUAGCAGCAGUAAGAGCUCUAACCAUGUUGACCAAGCAACCUAGUUCUUCCGAUGAUGACCUCUCACCAAUGCAGCCACUUCCUCUUGUGCAGCAGCGGGAAAACUACCUCGUCUAGAGAACCAGGAAGGGUACCAUACUUAGGAUACCUUAAAAGUACCUCGACUAGAGAAUCUGGAGGGGUACCAUGCCUGGGAUACCUUGAAACCGCCUUUACUUUGGUCUCCUGGAAAACUACCUAGUCUAGUAUCUUAUUGUUAAAAAGUACUUAAUGGUGGCACAACCAUGGUUAAGAACUUGCAUAGAUGCCACUUUGACUGGAAAUAACUAUAAUAAUUGUUCCUCAUGGUCAAGUGAUAAUUCAUAUGGGUUCUUGCCAGGGAUCUCAAAAGAGCUAGCAUUUCAGCUUUCUGUUUAUGAAGGCUGGACAGUAAUAGAUAUUUGUAGUGUGAUAUCGUGUGAGGAGUGCAUGAAAGUUUGUUUACUCUGAUGGAGAAGUGUAUAUUGAUGGUGUUAGUGAAGUUUCUCAGCUCAAUAUGAUGCUAUAACAAAUAUUUAUAAAGAAAAUAGAUCCUGUAAUAUAACUGUUACACUAAAUUGCAUUGUGUUGCUGGAAACAAUGGUCUCUGAAAAUAUGAACUGAAAUAACCAAGUUUGUCAUUCUGCUUCCAUUUGUAUACAAAAUACAAAAAUUAUGAAUGCAAGUACCUACUAGAAAAGAUUUAUGUACGUGUCCCAACUGGUGAUUAGAUUUUUAGUUUACUGUGAAAAUGUACUAUAUACAGAGUUUGAUUUGUUUGUUUAUAUAAACCUACAAUGAACAUAAUGAAGAAUAGUUUGACAAAAUAUGAAAGUUUAUUUUAUGGCAAAUAUCAGUGCAGAAUUGAUCUAAAGUGAACAUGUCAGCAUCUGUCGCAUGAUUGAAUACUGGUACUCAAGUUUGUGUGUGUUGAAACACAUAGUGUAUACAUGAAUCUGCCUUAUGAAGCAUAAAACUAAAAUGUGCCAAGUGUGAUAGACUGAUAAUGGGUAGCUUCAUUUACAAGAAUGUGAUAAUAUUAUGGAACUUCUUUGUCAGAUUCUUCCAAAUGCUUAUACGUCAUUCCUCUAUGUAUUUGUUUUAAUAUUCCUGAUUAUUACCAUGAAUAAAUAGUUAAUAUUUUAAAUUGAUUGCUCAGCUGUUCUUCCAUGAGGAGAUAUAAUUUGUACUAUUUUCCAUUUUUAAACAACCUUGCUUCCUGUAUGUCAGUUUGCAUUUGGUGCAAUCAUUGCCAAUUCCUGAAAUAUUUAAGUGAAGUCAUUUCCUGUUUCAGCAUUAAAGAAAAGGACUUAACAAACUGUUGAGUGUGUUCAUGUACUUGAGCUUCCAAUAUGGUAUUGAAAGUUAGUUACAGUAUCUCCAGUUUUAUGGUGAAUGUUUUGAGAAUGUUUACGCUACCAAUGAGCAGUGCUAACUCAAAGAACUACGAAUCCAGUCUCGGUGCCACAGUAACUGAAGCUGGUGUUUCAGUCACAUAGGAUUUCUCUAGUAUUGUUAUUUCUUUUGUAUCUGAUAUGUCUAGGUCUGGUUAUAUAUUUUUGUUGUUAGAGAGAAUUUUUGUCUAAUGGUUACUAUUUUUCUAUACGUGCCUGCAUUAAAUUGACAGUUUUUACCCCCUUAGGGAGCUCAUACCAAUAUGGUAUCAGCAUAUUGUAUAGGUACUCUGUGAUUCUUCAAUCCUUUGGACUGAUAGCCAGCUGCAAUAUAUGAAUUUUAUUUUGUAAAUAGUUUGGUACACUAGUAUUAAUUUUUUUAUUGGAAGUAAUGUUUUUAAUUCUGUAUUUUGCCUCCAAAGUAUUAUGUUCAUAAAUUAAAUAUUAGCUAUUAUUUUUUAGAUAAAUGCUUGAAAUGUCAAACUCUAGCUUUAAAGAAUGACAUCUUUAUUACUCAUUUUACAAAUUAAGUUCAUUUCAAACAUCUUAAGCAAUAAUAUCUUUAUAUAUGAUCUUUUUCUUGAACAACUAUAUUUCAAUAUUGUUGCGGUGAGACUGCCAGAAAGUACGAGAUCUUUGUUAAAUAUGAUGGAUUGAUUUGUUAUGCCUUCAAUAAUAGUGUAAGGAAUGUCAGAAAGACUAUGCUGUUGGUUAUACAUAAUAAUGUAUAUUUUAACUGCUCUUAAACUUGUGUAUUUUUUACAAAAGAUGUUUACUGUAUAUUGCCAGUACUAUUUUUUGGAACCUGUGCAAAAGAUUGUAUUGUGCAAUAAAAAUCCAUUGCUCUAA